CAUGUUGAACACUGCAUUUACCAACAUAUUUAGAGAUGAACUUCCUGUCUAUAAGUUGAAGAAAAGAUUGUUACACGGCCGUGAAAAAAGUUUUCUAACUACGAAAGACAGUUCAAACAAAUUAAAAGUGUCUCUCUUACUCCUAAUAGCCAGGAUUGAUAAGUUGUCCGAAAAAGAUCAAGAACUCACUUCCUACCUUUGGCUAUCAUUGUCCUGGAAAGACGAUACCCUAAAAUGGAAUCCUUCUUCGUACGGAAAUAUAACAACGUUCACUACUACACAUGAUACUCUUUGGAUACCUGAGAUGAUAAUUAGAAAUACAAAAGAACAACCUAUUGAUAUUGGAUUAGAGCAAAAAAGAAGAGUUCGGGUAUUUAGCGACGGUAGUGUCAGUUGGUCGACUGCUAUGAUAGUCAGAACCCAUUGCGAUAUUGAUAUGACAAACUUUCCAUGGGAUGUUCAAGUAUGUCACGUAGAAUUUUCAACUAUGACUUACCAAAAGGAUAUUCAAUAUGUGCCCGCUUAUAAUGAAGUCAGCAGGCAGGCAUUUAAAAAGAAUCCACAGUGGAAUUUAAUAAAAACAAAACUUAGAACUUACGACAUGUUCAUUAAAAUAGGUGAUCACAACGGGACUGGUACAGUCGCGUAUGCAACCUUUAUACUUGCAAGACAAUCAAGAUACUAUACAAUGAUCAUAGUUGUCCCAUCUUUCGUAAUAAUAAUUGUAACCGGAUUUACUUUGUUGCUGCCGUUUAAAAGUGGAGAGAAAGUUUCUCUAAAUAUAACCGUUCUUUUAUCCUAUACAAUGCUAUUAAUAUUAAUGUCCAGCAUUAUGCCCGAAAAUUCAUUAAACUUUCCUAUCCUGGCUCUACAUUUGGUUCUCAAUAUGAUAAUGUCGGGGAUCAUUCUUAUUUCUACAGUAUGUCAUCAACGACUAUAUUUUACGUCUCCUGAUAAACCUCUACCAAAGAUGAUUGAUCCAAUAGCUUUAGUUUAUCUAUCGCAAAUAUGGAACUUUGUCACAUGUUCAAAAACAAAACCACCCUUGAAUAACAUGAAUUCAAAAGUAUCGAGCAGUCUUUCUGUUACCGAUGCCGUCAACGAAUAUGAAGAAAAUUCGGCACAAGAUAAGUCGAAGAAUGAAAAUGUUGAAGAAGAAGAUGCUAUACAACUUCAUGAGAAGAAAGUACAGAAAGGAAUUAGUAUUCUUGAAAAUUAUUAUUUCGUAUUUUACAUGCUUUUAUUCUUUAUCUACAUAACUGUAGUAUUCUCAAAUAUUGCCCGUUCACCUGGUGCACAUGGCAUCGAUGAUAAAAUACACUUUUCUCCGGCAUAUGAUAAGGAAAUUUAA